GCUGCUUCAGUAACGCGCACGCGACGCGCACUUUGCCAGCUAUUUGCCCACUCAAAAAAAAAACAGAAGUAAAAUAAACAAAGAAAAACUACGACCGGCUUUGUGAAGGAUACCUUUUAAAAAUCCUAUUGCCAAAUCCAAGUGCAAAAAAAAGAGAAUUUUCUAGAGUAUUUUGUGCGCAUGUUGAUAAACGAAAACAACAAAAUUUGUUGCAUUUUUUGUUUUGCCAAACCACAAGAAGAAGAAAUCUGUGCGCGUUGCAUACACACCUAAGUGUCCUGCAGGACUCGUAUACAUGCUCGCUGUAUGCUGCACACUCGGAUUAUUUCCACUUGCCAUAUUUUGCCAUAACAACAAAUUUGCAUAAAGCGGAACAAAAUUCACACAGAGUUCUCUAAAGUUAGACGCAGCAACUCAACAGACAGCAAAGACUUCACGAUGGGCGAGAUCGUGGAGAAGGAAACCCCACAGACUGAAGCAACAACGGUACAGGAGCCGCUCGAGGAGCCCAAGGAGACGGACAAAAUGCUGGACACCAAGAAGGACGACGCGAAAGAGAAAACAGCCAGUCCGCAGACCUCGAAGCCAGCCUCGCCGAAUGCGGGCCAGAAGUCGCCGACGUUGCCGCAGGCAGAUCCCGCCGAGAAACCAGCCGGCGGCAAUGGCGAGGAGAUUAUUGAUAUACCCACGGAGAACGGCAACAAACCGAACGGUGCUGCCGACGAGAAGAAGGUCAGCAAGGAGGAGCGCGAGGUGAAACCCAAGAAGAUACCCAUCGGCGGACUGAAGCUGCCCGGCUACUUUAUGAAGAACAAGCCCAAGGCGGAGGGCGACGGUGCCGAGGGCGAGCUGCUGGAAAAGGACAAGGAGCUGGCCGAGGAAAAAGAGGCCAACGGCGAUGCCAGCAAGGAUGAGCAGAAGCCACGCACCGGUCUGGGCCAGCGUCUGCGCAGCCUUUUCGUGCGCAAACCGGCGGCAGACAAGGAGCAGCAAAAGAAGCCGCUGACCAACGGCGAUGCGGAUGCCAAGUCGGAAGCCACAGCUGAGGCGGCGCCCGGCGAGGACGCAGAUCCGCCGCCAAAACGUGGCCUGCUCAAUGCCAUCAAGCUGCCCAUUGCCAACAUUAUGCCCAAGAAGCGGGGCGGUGAUGAUGUGGAAAUGGGCCUGGGCAAGGCCGGUCUGGCCUCGAUGGAGACACUGGAUGAUUCGCUCAAGGAUCAGGACACCGUCGAUCGUGCGCCGCUCAAGAGCAACGGCGCCGACGAGCUGAAGAGCGAGCUCAAGUCCGAGAAGCUGGCCGCCGAGCAGAAACUGGCCGCCGAGGAGGAGGAGCGCGAACGUCCGGUCUCCGUGUGGUGCCGCCUGCGCGGCUACAAGUGCAGCGUGGACGAUGCGCUCAUCGUCUUCGGCAUAUUGCUAUUCAUGCUGCUGCUGGCCGUGAUUGGCUAUGUGCUCACCCACGAGACGCUGACCUCGCCGCCGUUGCGCGAGGGCCGCUACAUUUCGGCCGUGACCAGCUGCGGCAUGGUCGAGGGCGUCAAGGAGGACGGGGCAUUCGCCUUCCGUGGCAUACCCUAUGCCAAGGCGCCGCUGGAUAAUCUGCGCUGGCGUCCGGCGCAGCUGAUCUCCAAGAUUGACGACUGCUGGAACGGCACACUGCAGACGCACAAUGGUAGUGCUGUGUGCAUGCAACGCCUGGGCAAUGGCACCACAAUUGGCGACGAGGAUUGCCUCUACUUGGACGUGGUUACUCCGCAUGUGCGCUAUACGAAUCCGCUGCCCGUGGUGGUGCUCAUUGGUGCCGAGUCCUUGGCCGGCCCUUCGCCGGGCAUUCUGCGUCCGUCGGCGCGUUAUUCGCGUUCCCAUGAUGUCAUAUUUGUGCGUCCCAACUUCAGGCUGGGCGUCUUUGGUUUCCUGGCACUGGACGCACUCACCAAGGAGUCGCAUCCGCGCACCUCGGGCAACUAUGCGCUCACCGACAUCAUUGCCGUGCUCAAGUGGAUUCAGCUGAACAUUGUGCACUUUGGCGGCGAUCCGAAGUCCGUUACACUGCUGGGUCAUCGUGCUGGCGCUACGCUUGUCUCGGUGCUGGUCAGCUCCGCCAAGCUGGAGGGCCUCUAUACCCGCGCCUGGGCCUCGUCCGCGUCGGCCAUUUAUCCGGGCAAGCCGCUGCAGGAGUCGGAGCGUUUGAAUCAACAGCUCAUGGCAACGCUGGACUGUCAGGAUGCGGAGUGCUUGCGUGCGGCAUCCAGCGAGAAGUUGUGGGCCGCCACGCCAGAUACCUGGUUCCAAUUCCCCGCCACGGUGCCCCAAGCCGAGGAACUGAGCAAUGCCAAUCGUCACGAGUGGCUGGUGCUGGAUGGCGACAUACUGUAUCAGCAUCCGUCCGAGUCCUGGAAGCAGGUGCCCACGGCCAGCCAGCUGCAUCAGCCACGCCUUGUCAUGGGCGCCACUGCCCAUGAAGCGCACACACUGAAGCUGCGCGAACUGCACGCCAACUGGACCGCCGAGGAGGUGCGCUCGUAUCUGCAAAACUCACAGCUGGGCGCGCACGGGCUAACCGAUGAGAUUAUCCAGCGCUACAAUGCCACCAGCUAUGCCGCCCUUGUGGCCAUCAUCACGGACAUACGCACCGUCUGCCCGCUGCUAACGAAUGCCCGCCUCCAGCCGACCGUGCCCUUCUAUGUGGUCACCCAAGGCGAGGGCGACGAUCAGCUGGCCACCGUGGAUGCCGACGUCCAGGCCAUACUGGGCCGCUACGAGCCGCACACCGUGGAGCAGCGACGCUUCGUCUCGGCGAUGCAGCAGCUCUUCUACUACUAUGUCUCCCAUGGCACGGUGCAGUCCUUCGACACGCGUCGCCGCGUCAUCAUUGUGGGCCAGGAUGCGCAGGCACAGGAGGAUCACGAUCACUGCAACUACUGGAUCAGCAAGGAUAUUGUGCCACGCUAUGCGCGCGUUGAUUAAGAACCCGGAAUCCCCUUCAAC